CGGACAUCUCGUUUCGCCGUUUCCCCAACUGCCGACGAUUCGUCGGCCGAAGGAGGGGAAGCAGAUCCAGAGUAGCUGCCUCUCCAGUCAAAACCUAAAUCUCUCGCCGCUCUCCGGGUCUUUGGUACCCAAAUCUUUCAGAUAGUUAAGGAGGUAAGAUGAUGGAAUCAGACUUAGCCUCCGAAGACAAACAGAUGCUGAACAGGAACUCUGAGCUUGGGCCAAUAGAUCCAGAAAGAGCUCGUUUUCCAUGUUGCAUAGUUUGGACACCUCUUCCUGUCAUCUCUUGGCUGAUACCUUUCAUUGGCCACAUAGGCAUCUGCAGAGAGGAUGGAGUGAUCCUGGACUUUGCUGGGCCAAACUUUGUCUGCGUUGACCACUUUGCUUUUGGGGCGGUGGCACGUUAUGUAAAACUAAACAGAGAAGAGUGUCGUAAGCUGACCGAGGUGAUGACUUGGGAUGAUGCACUCCGGAAAGGCACGCAAGAGUUUCAGCACAGAUCUUACAGUCUAUUUACCUGCAACUGUCACUCUUUCGUCGCAAAUAAUCUGAACAGAUUGUUUUACCAGGCUCAUGAAAGAUGGAAUGUGGUGAACAUAGCAGCUAUGAUUUUCCUGAAGGGUACUUGGGUGAACAGAAGAUCGGUUGUGAAAACUUAUUUACCGUUCUUAAUUGUUUACUGCAUUGGGCUUUUCCUGGGUGGCUCAAAAUUUCUUUUGGGUGUUGUAGCUUUCGCAGUUGCUCUAAUUGGUUGGUUCCUCGUUGGUACAUAUUGCUUCAAGAAGCUUAUCCAGUUGUAAUCGCAUAAUGUACAUCGUCAGACUGCUGUAAUCCAAUUAUCUCCAUCCACAUGAUAAUGUAUCCAGGUAUAAUGUUCAAA